UCCACCCGGAAGCAGUUGACCCAAUGCAGAUGGCGUACAUCCUGAUCGUUUGACAACACUCAACCGUCUUUUCCUACAGAAAACAAACAUGUAAAAGAUAUCCACACGGCCAGGAGUGUGUCCAUCACGACGCAGACUAGUUUGUAGCCAGUGCAGACUGUUUAUCGGAGACAUUUAGGUCAGCGGAAGGAAAACGAAAAAGAAACGGCUAAUUUGCUGAUGGACGUUUUAUCGUGCGUUGUCGCUGUGCCGUCGUAUCGCUAUUUAGCUUCGUCGUUAGAAAUGAGUAUGGACAUGUAGCUAAUGUGGAGCUCUCUGUCAAAUACCGUCGACUUUUUUCAUGGUUUAUAGUGUGUUUUGUGCUCCGAGGGGGAACUGAGGUUGCACAACCUGCAGGCCUUACUGUGAGUGUAUGUCUGUGUUUUCUACUUGGUGAGACAUUAGCAGGGUUUGUUGAGGGGCUGUGUGUGUUUUUUCUUUUGCUAACAAGCCACAGUCACAUCUAUAUAAAGAGUUUACGUACGCAGCGUUACGAUGAGUUUCUUCAGCUUUGGACAAAGUGCAGAAAUCGACGUGGUCCUGAAUGACGCUGAGACGAGGAAGAAGGCUGAGCACAAGACUGAGGAUGGGAAGAAAGAUAAAUAUUUUCUUUUUUACGAUGGCGAGACUGUCAGUGGGAAGGUGAACGUGACACUGAAGAACCCAGGGAAGAGGCUGGAGCACCAGGGCAUCAAAAUUGAGUUUGUUGGCCAAAUAGAGCUCUAUUACGACAGAGGAAACCACCAUGAGUUUGUAUCCCUGGUGAAAGAUCUCGCAAGGCCGGGUGAAAUAACUCAGUCGCAGACCUUCGACUUUGAGUUCACUCAUGUUGAAAAACCGUAUGAGUCGUACACAGGCCAGAAUGUCAAGCUAAGAUAUUUUCUUCGUGCCACGGUGAUCAGAAGACUAAAUGACAUCAGUAAAGAGAUGGACAUCGUUGUCCACACGUUGAGCACUUACCCUGAACUCAACUCCUCCAUUAAAAUGGAAGUUGGUAUUGAGGAUUGUCUCCACAUUGAGUUUGAGUACAACAAAUCCAAGUACCAUCUGAAAGAUGUGAUUGUGGGGAAAAUCUAUUUCCUGCUGGUGAGGAUUAAGAUUAAGCACAUGGAGAUCGACAUCAUCAAGCGUGAGACAACGGGCACCGGCCCGAGUGUGUAUCAUGAAAAUGACACUAUCGCCAAGUAUGAGAUCAUGGACGGAGCUCCAGUCAGGGGCGAGUCCAUUCCCAUCCGGUUAUUUCUGGCUGGUUAUGAUCUGACUCCCACCAUGCGAGACAUCAACAAGAAGUUCUCUGUGCGCUACUACCUGAACCUGGUGCUGAUCGACGAGGAGGAGAGACGCUACUUCAAACAACAGGAAAUCACACUGUGGAGGAAAGGCGACGUGGUGAGGAAGAGCAUGUCCCAUCAGGCCGCCAUCGCCUCUCAGAGGUUCGAGGGCUCGGCGGCUUCAGAGAGCGCGCUGGAGCAGGCUGCGAAGGAGGAGAGCGGGUAGAGCCGCCCGCCUGCUGCCCCCUCCAGUCCGCUCUUUCAAGACUCGUCUGCGUCGGAGGUACCUGUCAACUGUACAACAUCUGGUGAAGCAGCUGUUUUUUUUGUUUUUUUUUUAUUUGUAGCCGCUGCUGGGAGGAAGAAGGGAGACCGACAUACAGUACUACAGUAUGUGAACAUUGAAACAGUUUGCAUGAGGCAUUCAGAGGUGGCUUCAGGCUGCUGGUCUUGUCCUUCCUCAUUAAUGCGUUCUUUUUUUCUUUCUUUUUUUUUUCUUUAUGGGAAUCAAACUAAUCACCUGUUGCCGUGUCAACUGUGUAAAAUCAUUCAUGUGAAAUUCUUGAAUUUUUAAGCCUUCUGUUGGUUACACUCUAACGCUUUUUCCAGAUAAAUUGAUUUCUAAUUUCUUAAUUAACGCAACUGAAAUGUCAUGAAUUGUCAACAAAAAAAUGUAUCUCCAACAUUCCACCUUAAAUGAAUGCAUUCCUAACACUGUUGUAAGGUCAAGAAAUCUGAGAUAACUUUGCACUGCUAUAUCUUGCUGAACAUAUUUCUCUCUUUGUGUUUUCUCUGUUUGCACAACAAAAAAAAAGAAUUGGUGGAAAACUGGAAUCUUUUUCCUUUUUUUGAGCGAGAGGGCUUGAGUAUUAUCCCACACUCUUUUUUCUUUUUUUUUUUUUUAUCUGUAAAUAAGACCAGCUAAAACCUUUAAUCCUGUCCUCUGGUCCAGUGUGUGUGUGUGUGUGUGUGUGUGAGUGUGUGUGUGUGUGUACAUUGAUUAUACAGUACACAGUGCCACAAAAUGACCUUUCAUGUUCAUAUGCUUUACCUCAGCAUUCCAGUAUUGUUAGGAAAGAGUGUUGUACUAUGGUCUGAUAGUAUGGAGUCUUCUGUAUCCUCUUUAUUAGAGACAUGAAAUUUGUGCCUAUGUGUAUCAAGCAAAUGAGAUCCUCCUGCCUCUAACAUAAUUUUAGUCUUUUAACCAGAGAAAAGUUACAUUAGAACUAUCUAUCUUUUGCAAAAUGCUAAUCGAUUCUUCCUUGUCCCCGAAAAGUUAAAUAAAUUGAUGCCAAAUGGAUUAAAAAAAAGAGAAAAACUCA